AUGUCAGAAUUAGAAUCAAUCUCGAAAUUAUUGAGUGACUCUAUCAAUGCAGCUACAGCAAAGUCUGCAGAGCGUGAGUUAAAAGCGAUUGAAACUCAGAAUGGGUUUGGGUUGACUCUUCUACACAUUAUUGCAUCUCACAAUUUACCGAUUUCUACAAGGUUAGCAGGAGCACUAUUUUUUAAAAAUUUUAUUAAAAGAAAAUGGAUCGAUGAGAAUGGUAAUCAUCUUUUACCAUCAGAAAAUAUUGAGUUAAUUAAAAAGGAAAUUGUACCAUUAAUGAUUACCUUACCCGAUAACCUACAAGUUCAAAUUGGUGAGGCUAUUUCAGUUAUUGCUGAUUCGGAUUUUCCAAACAACUGGCCAACGUUAUUAAAUGAUCUAGCUUCUAAAUUAUCACCUGACGAUAUGAUACAAAAUAAGGGUGUUCUAACUGUUGCUCAUUCUAUUUUCAAAAGAUGGAGACCAUUAUUCAGAUCAGACGAAUUAUUUUUAGAGAUUAAAUUAGUAUUAAAUGUAUUCUGUGAACCUUUUCUAAAUUUAUUGAAAACAGUAGAUGAACAAAUAAUGAAAAAUGGCGACAAUAAAGCAUCGUUAGAUAUUUUAUUUGAUGUCUUAUUACUUUUAACAAAGCUAUAUUACGAUUUUAAUUGCCAAGAUAUUCCAGAAUUUUUUGAAGAUCAUAUCCAAGAAGGAAUGGGAAUCCUACAUAAAUAUUUAGCAUAUGAAAAUCCAUUAUUAGUAGAUCAAGAGGAAGACGACGAAGUUACCAUAAUUAUUAAAGUUAAAGCUUCCAUUCAGCAAGUAGUUCAAUUAUAUACAACAAGAUAUGAAGAUGUUUUUGGCUCAAUGAUUAAUGAAUUUAUUCAAGUGACUUGGAAUUUAUUAACUACCACUUCUGCUCAACCAAAAAAUGAUAUUUUAAUUUCAAAAUCCUUAUCAUUCUUGACAGCAAUUGCACGUAUACCAAAAUAUUUUGAAUUCUUUAAUAAUGACUCUACCAUGAAUGAUAUUAUUUUGAAAAUCAUCUUACCAAACGUCAUGUUACGUGAGAAUGAUAUUGAAUUAUUUGAGGAUGAUCCAAUUGAAUAUAUUCGUAGAGAUCUAGAAGGUUCUGAUGUUGAUACCAGAAGAAGGGCUUGUGUGGAUUUCUUGAAAGAAUUGAAAACUAAAAAUGGAGAUCUAGUCACUAAUGUCCUUUUAUCUCAUAUUGAAAAGUUUUUCCAAGAAUAUAACAGCAGUCCUCAAAACAACUGGAAAUAUAAGGAUUUAUCUGUGUUUUUAUUUUCAGCACUUGCCAUUGAUGGAAACGUAACAUCAGUAGGCGUUUCUUCGACUAACAAACUAUUGAAUGUAGUUGAUUUCUUUACCACACAUGUUGCUCCAGAUUUAACUGGACAAGUUUCUCAUGUAAUUUUAAAGGUUGAUGCUAUUAAAUAUAUUUAUGUGUUUAGAAAUCAACUGAAUAAAGCUCAGCUAAUUGAAAUCAUGCCAAUUCUCGCAAAAUUCUUAGAAUCUGAUGAAUAUGUUUUACAUACAUAUGCUGCUGUUAGUAUUGAACGAAUUCUUUCUAUUAGAGAAAGUAUUUCUUCCUCCACCCUGAUUUUUACUAAACUAGAUAUAUCAAAUAGUGCACCCGUAUUAUUGACAAACUUGUUUAAGCUAAUUUUAAGACAUGGUGCAUCUCCAGAAAAACUUGCAGAAAAUGAAUUUUUAAUGAGAGCUAUUUUUAGAGUUCUUCAAACUGCAGAAGAUUCUGUCCAAUCUAUGUUCUCAGAGCUCCUAAAUCAUUUGCUAAGCAUCGUUUCCAUUAUCUCUAAAAAUCCUUCGAAUCCAAGAUUUUCACACUAUACUUUUGAAUCUAUUGGCGUAAUGUUAACAUACAUUCCAAUAUCUAACAACCCAUCAUUUAUGGAUUCAAUUAUGCCAAUCUUCCUACACAUUCUUUCUGAAGAUAUUCAAGAAUUUAUACCUUACGUUUUCCAAAUUGUUUCUUAUUCGAUUGAGAGAAGUAAUACAGUUCCCGCUAGCGUUCAACAACUUGCUCAGCCAAUUCUUUCACCCACUGUUUGGGAAUUAAAGGGUAAUAUUCCAGCUGUUACUAGGCUCAUAAAAGCUUUGAUCAAGGUGAAUUAUCAAGUUUAUCCUGAUUUGACACCCGUACUCGGUGUUUUUCAAAGAUUAAUCGCUUCCAAAUCUUAUGAUGUUCAUGGCUUUGAAUUCUUGGAAACUAUAUUGCUAUUCGUUCCAUUAGACGUUUUGAAACCAUUCCUAAAACAAAUAGCUGUGCUGUUACUUCAGCGUUUACAAAGCUCCAGAACUGACAAAUACCUAAAAAAAUUAACUGUACUUGUUGGAAUGCUAUCGAUAAAAUUAGGAAGCGACUUUGUCAUACAUUUUAUAGAUGAUGUUCAGGAUGGUAUAUUUUCACAAAUAUGGUCUAAUUUUAUCAUUACUACUUUGCCAACAUUAGGUAAUUUAUUAGAUCGUAAAUUAGCCCUACUUGGUAUUGUAAACUUCAUUACAAACUCUCAAUUAUUCACCUCGAAAUACUCAAAUUUAAUCCCAAUCACAUUAGAAAAGCUGGUAGAAACAACAGUAUCUCAAAGCAUUGCCAAUCUAAAGAGCGAAUAUAUUGAUCUUGAAAGCAUGGAAGAAGCUUCCACAUUUGGUUCGACAUACAGUAAACUUGGAAGUAUCAGUGAGAAGCCAUUUGAUCCAGUUCCAGAGAUAGAUUUGACAAAUGGAGUAAGAAAAUAUAUCUCAGAUAGCCUUAAAAAAUAUAAUGCAGCAUCAGGAAAUACAUUCUUCUCUAAUGUAGCUUCUCAGCUUCCAAGCGAUGUCCAACUAAAAUUAAACGAAAUUAUUUCGGGUAAUUGA